AUGGCCUCUGAUGAUGGGCCGCAGCGAGGCCGGCUGCGCCUUGGCCGUUUCUUCAGCGGCAACUCCGAUUCCGACCUCGAAAAGGCAGGGCCUUCAAAAUGGAAUAUGGGCAUGUUAAACGACAGAGAGACUGUGGAGGUGCCAGGUUCCGUCUUGCUGCUUGCUAGUGAUCGCAACGAGCCGCUCGGAUUGCGCAAUGUCCAUGCUCGCACCUCCCAUUCCUCUAUUCCGGCCGGGUUUCCCGUCGAAACUCCCAUGACCCCUGGUGGCACUCGACCGUUGCCGCCUUCACCGUCUCAUGUGGUUGAAAAGCCAGAUGAUGAACCCUUGGGGAAAAAGAAGACAGGAGAUGGUAAGAUCAUCCUGGAUCCACAGCCAGAAGAUUCGGCCAACGAUCCUUUGAAUUGGCCCACUUGGCGGCGCGAUUGUGCUCUUCUAUCCCUGGGCUUUUACUGUAUGAUUGGAGGCGGCAUGACACCCGUCAUUGCCGCCGGAUUUACCAAUGUUGCCCAUGACUUCGACGUCUCCGUUGAGCGAGUUCCGCUGACUACAGGCCUCUACAUGAUGGGCUUGGGUGUGGGUUCCGUGAUUGCGUCUCCCACCGCCAUCCUCUUUGGGAAACGGCCAGUGUACCUCGCUGGCAUGAUUCUGCUCAUCAGCACCAGCGUUUGGGCUGGAUACGCCUCUAGCUUUUCUUCUCUAAUAGCCGCCAGAGUGAUUCAGGGCAUUGCUGUUUCGCCGGUAGAGUGUCUGCCAUCCGCCACCAUUGCUGAAAUUUUUUUCCUGCACGAGCGUGCAUACCGUAUUGGCAUCUACACGCUUUUACUUUUGGGAGGCAAGAAUCUUGUCCCCUUAAUCAGUGCCGCCAUCAUUGGCCGCUUUGGCUGGCGAUGGGUUUUCUUUAUUGUUGCAAUGUUGGUGGGAUUGGGAUUCGUGCUGGUGUUUCUCUUCGUCCCAGAGAGUUUCUGGGAUAGAACGCCCACUCGACAAAUAUCAAAGCGGCCGAGCUUCCUCCGUCGAUUAUCUUCCCGCCCCGGCCACAGAUCCGCAGGUCCAAUCAGCCCUCGAGGCAAAUCGCCAGAACCCUCGCACUCUCCAGGGAUUAUUGAGCGCCGCAGAAGCAUUCGCGUCCACGUCGGAUUUUCGCCAGAUGUAGAGCGGCAAGACCCGUUAGAUGACGUCCAGAUAUCCUCACAGGCUGCGAGUCCUCAAGUGGGAUUUGCCGGCCCGUCUUCAGAUCACAAAGACAAGGAAGAGGGUGGUAGCCCGGAGAAGGCUCUCCGCCAGCCUUCCCCAAUAACCUCUCCACGGCCGAGUCUCGCUCCUGACCGUGGCCGAAGCAUAGCUGCGGCAUCUCCGACUCGUAGCACCGCCGAGAGCAUGGUCAUUACCGAGUAUUACUCAACAGCGCCCAAUCUCGACCGCGAGCGCUUUCCCUCUUGGAAGCUCAGAGCUCCUCCUAAAAUCAAGGCUUAUACACACAACCUGCGCCACAAGCCUGCUCAAACCUUCGUCCAGCAGCUCAAGCCGUAUCAUGGUCGGCUCAAUAACGACAAUUGGUUCAAGGUCAUGAUCAGACCAUUUGUCUUAUAUGCAUAUCCCGCAGUACUCUGGUCUGCAGCCAUUUACUCGUGCUCUAUCGGUUGGCUAAUUGUAAUCUCCGAAAAUUUGGCCGUCAUCUACCGAAAUCCAGACACGUAUAACUUUACGGCUCUUCAAGCUGGCCUCGUCUACGUAUCACCCUUUGUGGGCGGCAUCCUCGGCACUGGCGUAGCGGGCAAGAUCAGCGAUAUCGUUGUUAGGGCCAUGGCGCGCCGCAACGGGGGUAUGUACGAGCCAGAAUUUCGCCUCGUCAUGGCUGCGCCCAUCUUGCUCACAACCUGUGUUGGCCUUAUGGGCUUUGGAUGGUCGGCGCAAGAAAAAGAUAGCUGGAUCGUCCCAACAAUCUUCUUUGGUAUCACUUCCUUUGGCUGCUCUCUCGGCUCAACUACAUCCAUUACCUUUUGCGUCGACAGCUACCGCCAAUACGCCGGCGAAGCGCUAGUGACGCUCAACUUUUCGAAAAAUAUCUUUCAUGGCUUGGUUUUUAGUUUGUUCAUUUCGCAGUGGCUUGCCGACGAUGGCUCGAGGAACGUCUACAUCUGGCUCGGCAUCAUCCAGCUUAUCUUUUGCCUGAUGGCGAUUCCCAUGUACAUCUUUGGCAAGAGGGCCCGAAUGUGGACCGCGAGGAUGAACAUUAUGGAAAGAUUUUAG